CUUCACAAUCACUCCAAAAUUACCCAAGUGACUGGGAAAAAAUCUCCCCGAGAUGAGUGCCCUGAGAUAUUUAAUACCACCCUCCCCAAAUCUUCGAAACUGGUGUCCAUUGACAAGAAACACCUUUUCCACAACCCGUGGACAUCUGGAGAGUCAAAAAGCUCCAGGCAUAUUCUCAAGAAUCAAGAACAUUUUCUCAGGUAGAUCAGACAAUACAAUCAACCAGCAAAAAAGGACUUUAAUGGGUUGCGAGACAAGCGCAAAAGGCCCUGACAAUGUUCCUGAUCAAUCCCCGAAAGAUCACAAACUCGAGGGAAAGAUCUUCGAGCGAAUAAAAUACAUAAACAUACCUCCAAAAAGCGAUGACGCCGGCUUCCGGAAGGAGUGGGGUGUCAGCAUCGCGGACAACUCCAUCGCGAAGGAAGUCCCCCCGGAGCAUACACCAAAUUAUGUCCUGAAACAGAAAUGGGGAGUCAAUCUGUGUGAGCCGAUCAAGCCUGAAAAAAGAGAAGCAAGGAAAUUCCUCCCUCAGAUCCCUCAGCGCGAGAUGAAGUCAUCAGACCUGACUUCAAUGCUGGAGAGACAGUUCAUAGAUUCCAUCGAGAAUAGUAACCGAAUAGAGAUGAGAAACGAGAGUCCACCACCGAUCAUCGAUCCAGGAAUCUCUAUCGUGCCUCCCCUUGAUGAGGAACUGUAUCCCCUGAAUCCAAACGAAGAAUUAAAAUCAGCGAUGGCAUUGGGAGAGGUGAAGGAAGAAUUGAAAGCUGAUUUAGGACUUCUGAGAAUCGAUGAGGGAUCGACUACGGAAGAUGUCGAUGAGGACGAGCUUGCUGCCUGGCAGGAGGUGAUGGCCCGGACGAAACUUCGGGCGGAACAGAUGGCUCUAGCCGAGAAGAAGAGAAAGUAUGAAAGGGAGAAGAACCACGAGGACAAGUUCUCGAUUGUUCCUGAGGCACCAGUUCCCAAACUCGAUGUGGCUGUGAUCAAGCCAUUGGACUCCCAAAUUCAAGAGUACGUGAAUCCGAAUGAAAUGAUGCUCGAUGUGAAUAAUAUGUUACAUCGAGUGGAUUCUAAGAAAUUUCAUACGUUGAGUCUAUUCUUCCUAUGUCUGUCGAUGGGAGAUUCCAGAAAGUCUGAUGACGAGGGGGAGACACAGUUCCUUCCCGUCACCAUCACUGAUGAUGUCGAGGGGUCCGAGGAGGGGUUGGAGGACGGCGGAGAAGAUUCUGAAGCUUUAGCUCAUCCCAACGAAACAGAAUCUGAAGAAGUGCACGAGGAAAUAGAGGAUAUCCAGAAGAUGGCUGAGGGGAGCAGUGUGAAGAUGGCUGAAGAGGAGAAUAUGGAGCCAGAGUUGAAGGAAUUUGAUGAUUACAUCAGGAUCCCUGGCGAUCCUUACCCUUUCAAAAGAGAAUACUUCGAAAAAUGGCAGAUGCCUCACGGAAGUCCAUUGACCAAAGAAAAUUCAUCAUAUUCUGAUCAUAAACAUGAAUGACAAACAUGAAUUCCACUUCAUGUACAAUAUUUUCACAACUUAAACAAAAUAAUCAUGAUAAGAAACAGAUGAAAACAAAUCAAUUCGAGAGGCCAUUAAUUCCCCUCCAAUUUAUCCUUCAGAUCGUUCGAAAAAUCGCGUAAACUCUCCGAAGAAAUUGACAGAAGAUCACCCAUGGGCAUCAGCAAACUGGAACGAAGGGCGGAAGUCACCAACGGACAAAAACCGAGGAAGGGUGAAGACUAUUGACGUAGAACGCAGUAUC